AUGUCUUCCUCUGAGAUCAGCUACAAUGUUACAUUCAGCUGCAAAUUCGGACAUUUUUGUCUCAGUGGACUUCUUUCCGAAGAUGACUCCCGUUGCGUGGAGUCCACCCUUACCGAAGAUAUCACUUCACGCCUCUUCUAUCAAUGUUCAACACGUCCUUCAAACAAUGUAAACAUCGCAAUAAACUCAAACUUUGAUGAAAAAGAAAGUUUCGUUGAUUACUUUCAAAAAAAAUAUUAUGAGCCCACACUACUCGUUGUCCAUAACUGCACAGUAUUUGAUGGAGUCCUUCAUUCAACCCACCGCUUACCUUCCGUGUUGAUUCAAAGAAAGUCUGUUUUCAAAGCUGUUGAAGAAGACAUCACCGAAGUUGGCAAUCAAAUCAAAUUUAAUAAACCCUAUUAG